GUUAUCCUUUACAAAGGGGCACUUCCCGAAGAUGGCUGAGUGUGCACAUUUCCACUAUGAAAACGUGGACUUUGGCAACAUACAGCUCUCGCUCCCGGAGGAGCAGAACGAAGUGACGAGGAACGGCUGUGAGUCCAAGGAGCUGGUCUACCUGGUGCAGAUCUCCUGCCAGGGCAGGAGCUGGAUGGUGAAGAGGAGCUAUGAGGAUUUCCGGGUGCUGGACAAGCACCUGCACCUGUGCAUCUACGACCGGCGCUUCUCGCAGCUGGCGGAGCUGCCGCGCUCCGACGGCCUGAGGGACAGCCCCGAGCUGGUGACCCAGAUGCUGAUGGCUUACCUGGCUCGGCUCUCCAACAUCGCAGGCAACAAGAUCAACUGUGGCCCUGCCCUCACAUGGAUGGAGAUUGAUAACAAGGGGAAUCACCUGCUGGUCCAUGAGGAAUCGUCCAUUAACGUCCCUGCUAUUGCUGCUGCCCAUGUCAUUAAGAGAUACAUUGCUCAAGCAGCAGAUGAGCUGUCCUUUGAGGUGGGGGACAUCGUGUCUGUCAUCGACAUGCCACCCAAGGAGCUGACCUCGUGGUGGAGAGGAAAACAUGGGUUCCAGGUUGGAUUCUUUCCCAGUGAAUGUGUUGAACUCAUCAACGACAAAGUCCCUCAGUCCGUGACCAAUUCGGUGCCAAAACCAGUGUCCCCUGCCCAUGGAGCCCGUCCAGCGUCCUGGAGCUACUUCCCCCCUUAUUUGGAGAUGGAUAAUGUAAAACCAGGCUCUGCAUUUGUUACCGAGGCUCUGAACCAGUCCCUCCUGAGCUCAGUGUCAAAGAAGCACGGGAAGCUCAUCACCUUCCUCAGGACAUUCAUGAAGUCGCGCCCAACGAAACAGAAACUGAAGCAGCGGGGGAUCCUCAAGGAAAGGGUGUUUGGCUGUGACCUGGGGGAGCACCUGCUCAACUCCGGCCAUGACGUGCCCCAGGUCCUCAAGAGCUGCACGGAGUUCAUCGAGAAGCACGGCAUUGUGGACGGGAUAUACCGGCUGUCCGGGAUCGCCUCCAACAUCCAGAAGCUGCGCCACGAGUUCGACUCGGAGCAGAUUCCCGACCUGACCAAGGACAUUUACAUCCAGGACAUCCACUGCGUGGGCUCGCUGUGCAAGCUGUACUUCCGGGAGCUGCCCAACCCCCUGCUCACCUACCAGCUCUACGAGAAGUUCUCAGAUGCUGUUUCUGCUGCUACAGAUGAGGAGAGGCUGGUUAAGAUCCAUGAUGUGAUCCAGCAGCUGCCCCCGCCCCACUACAGGACACUGGAGUUCCUAAUGAGACAUUUGGCUCGUCUGGCUGAUUAUUGCUCCAUCACAAAUAUGCACACCAAGAACUUGGCCAUUGUCUGGGCUCCAAACCUCCUCAGGUCCAAGCAGAUCGAGUCGGCGUGCUUCAGCGGCACGGCCGCCUUCAUGGAGGUGCGGAUCCAGUCGGUGGUGGUGGAGUUCAUCCUGAACCACGUGGACGUGCUCUUCAGCUGCAAGCUCAGCGCCGUCAUCCGCGACGGGGCAGGGCACAGCUCUUUAUCCCGGCCCAAGUCUCUGCUGGUGUCCUCCCCCUCCACCAAGCUGCUCACACUGGAGGAGGCUCAGGCACGGACACAGGCCCAGAUCAACUCUCCCAUCGUGGCAGACAGCAAGUACAUCGAAGUGGGAGAAGGCCCAGCAGCUUUGCAAGGGAAAUUCCACACUGUCAUUGACUUCCCAUCUGAAAGGAAAAGGCCUCCCAGCAAGAUAAAGAAGUCUCCAGUGGGGAGCUGGCGUUCCUUCUUCAACCUGGGGAAAUCCUCCUCCGUGUCCAAGCGCAAACUGCAGCGCAACCCCAGCGAGCCCUCAGAAAUGAAAGCCAUAGCCCUGGCAGGAGGACGAGGAGACAGCGGGACGCUCCGCUCAGCCAAGAGCGAGGAGUCCCUCACCUCCCUGCAUGCCGUGGAUGGUGAAUCCAAGCUGUUCCGGCCCAGAAGGCCCAGGUCCAGCAGCGAUGCCCUGUCUGCCUCCUUCAACGGGGAGCUGCUGGGGAGCAUGAACCGCUGCAACUCCUACGACAACCUCCCCCACGACGACAGCGACGGCGACGAGGGGCUCAUCCACGUCCCCGCCCUCAUCUCUCCCCGCUCCUCGGAGGACGUGGACCUCAGCCCGCCCGACAUCGGCGUCGCCAGCCUGGACUUCGACCCCAUGUCCUUCCAGUGCAGCCCCCCCCAGGCGGAGUCCGAGUGCCUGGACAGCAGCACCUCCCUGCUGGAGUCCGUCGAGAUCUGUAAGGACAAGCCGAGCCUGCUCAAGAAGGAUUUCGAAUCGGGCAGCCAGUCCCAGACCCCAGGCAGUGCCACGAGCUCUGAGCCAGUGUCCCCUUUCCAGGAGAAGAUGAGUCCCUUCUUUACGCUGGACCUGAGCCCCACAGAAGAGCAGGCCUGCAAACCCCUCAGCUUCUCGCCCAAGACAGCCCGAAAACCGAUCAAAUCUCCACCAGUGAGCACAGAGCCCACCUCCUUUGUGCUGCCUAGCCGUGUGCCAGAGGCCAUGGGAGGAGUGCCCACCACAUCCAGGAACUCCUCUGCUUCCAGCUGGAGCAAAGAGAUUGGCAUCACUGAGAUCACAAACAGGUCCCCAACCCAGAUGUCCUUGCCCCUGAAAAACAGUGAAACAGGAACAGGGGAAGGAACCCACCAAGAACUGCAGCAUCCCCAGCUAGUGGCUGCUUGCAGAGCAGAUUUGCCAGAAGAAGGGGAGAGAGCCAUGCCAAGCAGUCAGAAUAAGACUGUACCCAGUGGACACACCCAGCCAGGAGCAGUUGCCCUCGACUCCCCCCAGGAUCCUGUUCCCGUCAGUUCUGUGUCUCUUAUCCCUCCUCCUCCUCCGAAAAAUGCAGCGCGCAUGCUGGCCCUAGCGUUAGCCGAGUCCGCACAGCAAGCAUCGGCCCAGUCCCACAAAAGGCCAGGAGAUGCUCAUGCUGAAAGCACAAAUUAUGGAGAGGCUGAAGCUGGCACAGCUCUAGAAAAGCUCCAUCUCUCUGCGGGCGCUCCCGACAAGCUCCACCUGUUCACUGCUCUGCCCGAGAACCACCUGCACAUCCAGCCCGGGGCGCCUUUAGAGCAGGACGGCCAAGGCACGGCCGGGGAGCAGAACCACCCGCCCGGCGCACCUGGAGGCCAGCCCAUGUGGAGCACCGCUGCACCUGAAAAGCCUCUGGAGCCCACGCCUGGCUUUGUCUCUGAGAGCAGUUCCAGUGCCCGUGGCUCCUCUUCUGUGCCUGUGGGCCACCAGGGCCACAUGGAAAAGCCUCGGGAGAGCACGAGGGCUCCCCCGCUGCACCUGCGCUCCGAGUCAGUCCCUGCUCCCUCCACCUACAGCUUCACGCCUCCCGUGCCACCCGUGAGGACGCUGGAGAGCAAGAUCGCCGCGGCCAUGCACUCCAACAACACAGAUACCAUCAACAACUCCAACUACCACUCCUUCCUGGCCUCCUCCAUGCUGGCGUCCUCGGUGGAGGAGGCACUGCUGCCGCCGCCGCCGCCCCCCAAGCACUCGUCCCUGCAGCCGGUGUACGUGUCGCACCCCAAGCCGGAGAGCCUCCCCGAGCCCGUGGGGCCUGACAGCUACCUGCACAGCAAGCACCAGUACCGGCCCGAGGCCGGCCCUGCCCACGGCUACCACGGCAAGGCCGAGCAGCACCAGCCCUACCCGCCCCGCCCGGAGCCGCCCGUGGCCGCGGGCGCGCGCUACGGCUCCUACGGCACGCAGGGCAAGGGCUCUGCCGCGGGCCUGCACCCCAAGCCCCGCUCCUACGGCACGCAGGGCAAGGGCUCUGCCGCGGGCCUGCACCCCAAGCCCCGCGGCCGCACCGACUUCGUGUCCUCCGUGAGCCCCACGGGGCUGCGGGGCGCUGGCUACGCUGAGGAGGCCCCUCCGUACCCCACCAUCCGCAGGGUGCAGUCGCUGCACGUGCCCAGCGCGGCCGCCGCCGCCGCCAUCCGCUCCGUGCCCAUCUCCCGCACCGAGGUGCCCCCGGACGACGAGCCCGUGUACUGCCCGCGGCCCCUCUACCAGUACAAGCCCUAUCAGCCCCACUCCGACUACCACGUCACGCAGCUGCAGCCUUACUUUGAGAACGGGCGGGUCCAUUAUCGCUACAGUCCCUACUCCAGCUCCUCCAGCUCCCCGUACUACCCCGCGGACGGGAGCUUCUACGACCUGGAUCCCUACAGCACCGUGCGGGUCCGGCCCUUCCACGGCCUGCCCGGCCGCGAGUUCGGCCCCUACGCGUCCCGGCUGCCGGGCAAGGGGCUGUACCGCUACCCCAGCCUGGCCGCCUACCCCCGGGCGGGGCUCAUCAACCACCUGGGCAAGGAGCACAGCUUCGUGAGCAGGGACGUGCCCCCCGCCCCGGACAUCAAGCACAUGUACAUGUCCUGGGACCUGGAGGACAUGGACAAGUACCGCAUGCAGUCCAUCCGCCGCGAGAGCCGCACGCGCCAGAAGGUCAAAGGGCCCCUCAUGUCCCAGUACGACAACGUGGCCCCGCUGCUGCAGGAUGAGCUGGGGGGCCUGGACGCCGUCCACCUGCGCAGCAAAUCCGAUCCUGGCAAGAGCGGCCUGCUGACGGUGGCAGAAGGGAAGGAGGGCAGGUACCCAGCCAAGGCAGCCACGCCUGAAGGGGACGAGCGUUACUAUGGGCAGCACGCGGAGCCUGAGCUGGACAGAGCCCACUAUCAUGGCGGGGGCUACGGGAACGGGCAGCCCGAGAAGCCGUCCCUGCCCCAGAAGCAGAGCAGCAUCCGGAGCAGGAAGAUGCACGAGCCAGGUGGCAGCAGCGGCGAGCACAGGACGCAUUUGCAGCAGGAAGCGAACCAUAGGCAGCCUUCCGAACCCAAAAAUGGACCCCCCUACCCCGAGUACAGGCCCAAGGGCAGCCUGGAGCCCUCCGAGCCUAUGGGCUACCAGCACUCGGGCAGCAAAUACAUCCCGGCCAGCCAGGAGACCCUGAGGCUGAACCACAAGGACGGGAGGCUGGCGGAGGACAGGCUGGAUCUGGAGAGGCCCCGGGGCAGAGCGUCCGUGGAGAAGCACUCCAGAGACUGCUACAAGGAGGAGGAACACGCUGCCCCUCCUGUGGCGCCGCCACCCAAGCCCGAGCGGAGCCACAGCCUCCGGAUGCGGGAGCACCCCGAGCCCAUGGAGAGGGACUCGGCCCUGCUGUACCCCUACCAGACCCUGGGCAAGCGCCAAAGCACGAUGACUGUGGUGUCCCAGUACGAUAACCUGGAGGAUUACCAUACCCUGCCUCAGCACCAAAGAGGGGGCUAUGCUGGAGCGGGGGGCUUCGUGCCCCCCGGCUUCCCCCACGUGCACAGCAGAACUUACGCCACGGCGCUGGGGCAGGGGGCCUUCCUCCCCACAGAGCUGUGUCUGCAGAGGCCCGAAACAGAGGUGCACGUCGAGUGAGCUGGGGGGGACGAGGGAUAGAGUCUAAGCAGCCUCUGCUGGACAGUGGACUGUUUUAUUUUUUCAGUGAUGGAGAAAAACUCCCCGACCUUGCCCCAGUGAGCAAAGCAAACCCCCCUCAGCCCUCCCCUGGCCCCCACUCGCUGUUUUUAUGUAGUAGAGCUAUAGAUUUUCAUGUAGUUCUGAGCCACCUGGGAGGACAGGGCAGGCUGUUGGCACACAGGGCUUGCCAGAGGCCGGGCAGGGCUGACACGGAAGCUGUCGGGGCAGGGAGGGAAGGAGUUUUCCCUUCCCAGACGUGACACUGGCUGCUCCUCCCCACGCCCACAGUCCCGUGUACGAUGGGCUGUGCACGAUGGACUGUGCCUGCAGCUCUGUCCUGCUGCAAACUGCCCAUCCCAGGCUGGCUCCCAGGAAAGGGCCAUGGAGGAACCUCGGAAUUCAGCCCCAGCAAGAGGGGGGCUGGGGCAGGGCUCCCCAGGGAUCCUCUCCUUGCUGAGGCCCUGCCUCUCCCGUGGGUGUAGUGCUCCCACUGCAGCUGCUCUGAGCUCGGUGGGAGCCUGGUUUGACUUCAAGCCUGUGGAAUAGGCUCCAAAGCCAGCCCAGAACAUGACACGCUCAUUACAUUUCUUGCUUAUUAACAAGCUGCUUCUGCCUACAAGAAGUUCAUUUCCUUCACAUUUCUCUGUUGUAAGCAGAGGCCAGCUGCGGGAGCCACGUAGAGCAGGUUUGCAUUUCUCACGCCAAAAGAAAUAAAACACAAAACUACACCAAACCCUACCCCCAGAGCUGGGAACAGCACACCAAUUCCAUGCCAGUCCUUCCUCUUUGCUGCAAGGCUGUUCAUGGCCCAGAUGAGCUCAUUCCAUCCAAUGGCUGGCAUGACUGCGCCAUCUCACGGCAAAAAAGUACUAGAAAAAUAAGUUAAAAAAAAACUCUAUAGCAUUAUGUAAAUCAGAGCCCACCUUGCCAGCUGUGUGUGACAAAUAGUCUGCAUGAGCAGCUACCCUGGGCCAGGUCCUGCAGCAAUUCCAUCAGGGCAUGCUCCUGCUGAGCUUAAGCUGGAGGUCUCCAGACUCUCUGCAGCCUCUGAGUUCCAUGCUGGGCAGAGAUCCCCGAGGAGCUGUGGCACGCACAGAGCAGUGAUGUGCCCAGGUGCUGCUCUUCCAGUACCCAGUGAGUAGGGACAGAAGGCCAGUGCACUCUAAAACACACCAAAAAUGGUGUCCAAGCUGUUGAAAAGCUUUGAUAUUGUAAAAACAGCUGCCUCUCAGACUCCCCAGGACUCACACCCCCUGUAUAAAUAAAGCACAUCCAUUCCAUUAGGUAGGGCUUGCAAGCAAUACUUGAGAUUUAGCAGUUUUUAAAUGUUCACUGAUAAAUUCUAAGGCCAUUUCUGUUCCGCGUGGUUGAAGAACUUCUCUACCUGUUUUGAAUCUCUAAUGUUUUAUGAAAAACCUGGAAGUCCUGCAGUUAGCACACAGCUGCUUAGGUGGGGUUUUUUGAACAAAAGGUUUCAUGGCUAUUUUGGGACUUUUAAAUCCUAAGGAAAACCUGCUUCUAGUUGCUGACUACUCUGUAUCUGUUUGCUUCUUUUAAUCUUGGAGCCUUGUCUGGGGCUGUUUCAGUAACUACUCUCUGGUUCUAUUUUAUUGUGCAAUGCUGGUGUUUUAAGCAUUUUGUUUAGAAGAGUUCUCACGUGUUACAGAAUGAAAUCUGGCAGUUAAGAAAAAAGAAAAAAAGAAAGAGGGAAAAA